AUGAUCCAAUUGUCAACUCCUCAUUCCCCCCACCAACACUCCGUCUCCCCUUUUCCCACUUCCCCACGCCACGCCAGCACCCGCGCGCCAUAUCGCGGGCCUACCCCGCUGCAAGCCUCGCACGCUCGCGGCUCGCUCUUCCGUCCCUCGCCGGCGCUGCCGCUUGCCACGCCUCCCUGUGCGCGCGCGCGCAAUCCGCAAUUGGGCACCUCCGCCUCCGCCGCCGCUUCCGCGUCCGCAUCUGCGGCGUCGUCUGCUGCUGCUGCAUCUUCUUCGAACGGCGCAUCGAUGCUCGUCAAGGGCGCCGCGGUGAGGUCUUCUCGCCUUGAUCCUCUCCUCGUGCCAUCCGAAACAGUUACAAGCAGCUCCGCUUUCGCGAACGGCGAACCGCCUUCCGCGCCCUACGAGAAUGCAAUCAGCGGCGCGUCCUCCGCGGAUGCCCCGCGCUCGCUGCGCUCGUCGUCGCCCACCCGCGAGCCCGCGCGUCCGGGCCUCAUCGAACGCUGCUUCGGCCCGGGAACCGCGCCGUCAGUCGCGGAAGCCGCCAGCAGCCUCCUCGUCCCCCUGGCGGAGCACGCCGUGUCGAAUUGGGCGCUUCCGAGCGGCACGAGCGGCGGGCGCAGCGGGUCGGAAGCGCGCGUGCGGAGGUCGAAGCGCGCGGCGCGGAGCCUGGAGGAGGAGAAGCUCCGCGAGGAGCGGCGGAGGGAGUUAAGCGCGCUGCUGGAGCAGUUAGAAGCGAUUCGAGACCAUGCGAUGGAGCUGGAGAUGUGCAAUCGGCACCAUGUCGACCUCUCCGCGCCGCGGUACCGCGAGUCCGCGCGCAACCUGCUGCACUACAUGGCGCUGCGCAACAUGGACGUGCGCCACCUGCAGCAGGCGCUCGCGGACCUGGGGCUUUCGUCGCUGGGGCGCACCGAGGCGCACACGCUCGCGUCCAUCCACGCCGUCACGCGCGUCGUGCGCUCCAUGCUGCGCGAGCUCUCGCCCGCUGACGCUUCCGCAUCCUCCGCGUCCGCGAGGUCUUCUGUCAAGUCCAGGCCCAAGUCUCGAAACCUGGCGUCGCAAGUGGAGGCUCUCGCGACGGACGUGCUCCCGCCGGUGCUCGACUUCGCGGACGGCGACAGGCAGCUGCAGCGCAACACAAUGGACCUGCUCGGCGCGCAUCCGCCGCACCGCAAGACGUUCAUCAUGGUCACGCUGCCCGCGGAGGCCGCCGCGGACAGGGCGCUCGUGGCGGAGCUGCUGCGCGCGGGCAUGAACGUCGCGCGCGUCAACUGCGCGCAUGAUGAUCCGGUCGUGUGGGGGAGGAUUGUGGCGAAUGUGCGGAAGCUCUCCGCGCAGCUUGGCCGCCCCUGCAGGGUGUUGAUGGACCUAGCAGGGCCGAAGCUGAGAACAGGUCCCAUGCCCGCUGGACUGCGGGUGCUGCGCCUCAAGCCCAACAAGGACGCCCGGGGAAAAGCAGUAUCCCCCCUGCAAGCACUUCUCUUCCCCGCCGCGCCCUCCACUCCCUCCUCCUCCUCCUCCUCCCCCUACGCCACCGCAAGCCCUCAAGCAGCAGCAGCAGCUGCAGCGCCAGCAGCAGCAGGAGCAGGAGCAGCAGCAGCGGCGCUGCCGACUAUCCCUGUGCAAGCCUCCGCGAAGUGGUUCCAGGCGGUGCAGACCGGUGACGUGCUCACGAUGCAGGACGCACGCGGCAAGAGGAGAUCUCUGCUCGUGACGGACGUGCUCCCAGGAGCUAAGGGGCCGCAGGUCAUCGUGGAAUGCCGCAAAUCCGUCUCCUUUGAAACCGGGCUGCCCGUGAGCGUCGAGCGGGCAGAGUCGAAAACAGAAGUGAAGGGGAAGACGAAGAAGAACAAGGUGGGGAAGAUCACAGCAGGAGCAGCAGCAGCAGAGGCGUGCAUAGGGGAGUUGCCGGCUAAAGAGGUGGCAAUAGAGCUAGCGGUGGGGGACGAGUUGCUGAUUGUGCGCGGGGAGGGCGAGGGCAGCAAGGCACAGUACGAUGCUGUCACAGGGGCGCUUGUGCGCCCGGCUGCUGUGAGCUGCUCGCUGGAGCAGGUCUUCACGAAUCUCAAGGAGGGAGAUCCAGUAAAGCUGGACGACGGCAAGAUAGAGGGCGUGGUGGAGGCGGUGGGGAGCGAGGAGGUGCGCGUGCGCAUCUGCAAGACGCCGCCCGGAGGCGCCAAGCUCAAGAGCGAGAAGGCCAUGAACCUUCCUGACAGCGAUCUGCAGCUGCAGGGGUUAACAGCCAAGGACAUAGCAGACCUGGACUUCAUUGUUGCACAUGCUGACAUGGUGGCCUUCUCCUUUGUCAACGACGCCUCUGAUGUUAUCAUGCUGCAGGAGGAGCUGGCGAAGCGGGGAGCGGAUGACCUGGGAGUGGUGCUCAAGAUUGAGACCAAGCGCGCCUUCCAGAACCUGCCAUGGCUCAUGCUGCAGGGCAUGAGGGGAUCGGGUCCGCUCGGUGUGAUGAUUGCGCGGGGAGACAUGGCGGUGGAGUGCGGUUGGGAGCGGCUGGCAGAGGUGCAGGAGGAGGUGCUGUGGCUCUGUGAGGCGGCUCACGUGCCCACCAUAUGGGCUACCCAGGUCCUAGAAGGUCUGGCCAAGACAGGACUCCCGUCGCGAGCGGAGAUCACGGAUGCAGCCAUGGGGGAGCGUGCCGAAUGCGUGAUGCUGAACAAGGGGUUGCACAUCGCAGCGGCCGUGACCACUCUGGAUGACAUCCUGCAGCGCAUGCGCUCGCACCAGAUGAAGAAGCAGAGCAUGAUGCGCCCUCUGCAGCUCUCCACCCCCUUUGUUACGAUCAGUUACUCGUCUGCUAGCAGUGACUCGAGCAGUGAUUCUUCCAGCGAUGAAGAGGCGUGA